UGCGUGCCUGCGCUUCUUGUACUGCCAUUCCAUCCAUCCUGCCUCGUUCCUCAGCCUCGUCGUCGUCGUGGGCGUCGUUGCAGGCACACGCACCUCAGUUUCUCUCCAUCUAUCUCAAGUUGCUGCUGACAACAGAAUCACCACCCUCACUUUCCUUUGUUCCGCCUUCCCCUUGACACCACCACCACUUUGUUUUGUGCGCGUGGUGCAGCGCCAUCUCCCCACACACUCACGGUUCACAUCUGCCCCCCCCCCCCGAUCAAAUCAUCGAUCACACCACCCUAAUCAACAACAGCAGCAACAGCAGCAACAGCUACAACAACACCUCUACUCUACUUUCACCACAAACAACCACUUGGGUGCUUGUUGUUGGUUUCACCGCAGCGCACUCCUCCCUCUCUGUUCCACGCCAAGUGAGAGCCAAGAAGAGAGAGGUGAAGGACGCACAUCCCUUCCUUCCCUGUUCCAGUCCCCUCAACACCAUGAGCAACCCUGGUGGCCGUGGCCGCAAAUCAAGCUCGGCCGAUUCGCGAGCAACCAGCAUGGAUAAGCAAUCCAGCCUGCACUCCAUCACCAGCGCCCAGCUGGACACCGCCCUCUUUGGCCAGGAGGACGCCCGCUCCUCCGCCUCCCACCAACACCAGCACCAGCAGCACCAGCCCCAACGCGCAGGCAGGCCCAUGUCCUUUGCCUCGCAGCCGCAGCAGCCUCUGAGGCACCGCGACUCGGCCGCUUCCUCCAGCGCCUACCAGCAGCGCCGCACCUCCCUCGACUGGACCCGCCUCAACGCCGAGGCCGCCCACGCCCCGCGCAGCAUGCCGCCCACGGACGUGCCGGAGCCGCCAGAGAACCCCGACGUGUUCUCCCAGCGCACCAACUACGUGACGGAGGAGGACUUCCUGCGCCAGCGCGAGCAGGACCGCGCAGUCGCCUCCAGCGGCAAGAAGAACCCGGCAGACACGGGCUACAUCAGCAGCCUCGUCACGGGCGUGCGCGUCGACAACAUCAAGACCAGCCUCAUCCGCAAGUCCCAGCGCGACAAGCCCAAGAAGGACGGCGCCAUCCAGGAGGAGGACGAGGACGAGGACGAGUAUGACGACGACGGCGAGGAUGACUACGUGGACGGACACACCAACCCCCGCGCCUCGCGCCUACAUAGCCACGCCACCGCCGCCUCCGCCUCUGCCGCCGCCGGUCGCAGGCACACGGCCGCUAGCCACAGCGCUGACCAUGCCUCCGUCCGCAGCGGCGGUCACAAGUCCUCCUCCUCGUCGCAGGCGUCUUCUUACGCCAUCCUCUCCGAGCGGGGCGAUGACUCGCACGCCCAGGGUUAUGCCUCCGUCGCCACCGGGGACCACGCCCUGGACACGAGCGGCAGCAACAACGCGGCGGUGCUCACCCUGGACCACCAGCAACACACUGGCGGUGACAGCGACGUCGACGCAGCGCGCUUCGACGGCAACGGCGCCGCCCACAGCGCGCUGGAGAUGGCCAUGCAGGAUGUCUCUGCACAGCUCCUCGACAGCCAACAGCAGGACCAACACCAACACCAGCAGCAGCAGCCACAGGCCGCGGUGUUCUACGACAACGUGACACAGUCUGCGCUGGAGCGCAGCGGCGCCAGCGCCGGCGAUGACGGCGCCAACGACAACAACUCGCGGCGCGCCAUCAACCAGACAUACGCCAGCACCUCUCCUGCCAACAGCAGCGCCACACCCGGGUCCCGCGCCGCUGGCAAGCGCCACCCCAUGCUCAUCAACGCCGCCGUCAACAACACCAACCGCCGUCCCUUUGCCAACAACAACAACAACACCUCCGCCAUCAUGGCAGCUGAGGACGACAACAACACGCUGCAGGGUGGCUUCUCCCGCAACAACUCGUACCAGCGCGCGUCGUACCGCCCGCCGUCGUCCCAGCCCUCCUACCGCGGGCCGGGUGAGAUGACGCUCAAGCGCCGCCACUUUGGCGGCAAGGACCGCGGCUUUGUCACCAAGGUGCACAAGGCCGUGACGGACGGGCAGGUGGUGAUCCCGGACCCGCACACGCUGCGCAGCCCCGUCACCACGGUGUACGCGCGCCACGAGGAUUUCUACGCCGACGGAAACAAGUCGUACUACGUGCCGGACAGCCGCAAGAAGCGGCGCAUGUGCUGCGUCGUGCCGUGCUACAACGAGCCCAGCGACGCGCUCCGGCGCACGCUGACCUCGCUGCACGGCCAGCUGGACAACCUGCGCAAGCUCGACUUUGACUUCCACGUCGUCGUCAUCAUGGAUGGCUGGCAGCUCACGUCCGAGUCCAUGCGCACGUACCUGCAGACCAUCUUCGACAUGCCGGAGAACGUGGAGAACGAGGGCCCCACGUGGUGGGACGACCUCAACACGCUCGAGGGCAACCCCUCUGUGGAGACGUUUAUCAUCCAGAACGUCAACAUUGAGACGUGGACGGUGGAGCCCGUGUUCAUCGAGCCCGAGGAGUUGCCUGGCGCGCGCAUGCACAUCACGCUCAUUGUUAAGCGCGACAACCGCAGGAAGCACAACACGCUCGAGUGGUUCUUCCGCUCCUUUGCUGUCGAGUACGGUGCAGAGUACAGCUUCACCACGGAUUGCGGCACCCUCUUCCAGAACGACACCAUCUACCACCUGGCGCGCCACCUGGACCUAUUCCCGCGCUGCGGUGGCGUGACAGGCCGGCAGCGUGUCAUGUCUGCCAAGCAGCAGGGCGUGGACCACGAGAGCUGGUACUCCGCGUGGAUGCGCAGCGUGCAAGGUUUCGAGUACGAGGCGACGUAUGCCUCCUAUGUCGGUGCCUUCUCCAUGGCGGGCAUGCUUCCCGUGAUUCCGGGCCCCUGCGGGCUCUUCAACAUGAAGCACCUCAACGGGCAGGGUGUGGAGUUCUUCUUCGACAAGGUCAAGCAGGACCCCGACACGGCCGGCCUGUUGCUGGGUAACGGCCUCCUGGCUGAGGAUCGCUUCCUUUCCUACGCCGCCGUCGUGUCCACGGGCAAGCCCACCAUCACUGAGUUUGUGCCGGAGAGCGUGUUCUUCUUCGAGGCAGAGACCGAGCUGCGCACGUUUGUCUUCCAGCGUCGUCGCUGGAACAACGGCACCUUUGCUUGCUUCGUCUGGCUCAUGCUCAAUCUCGACAUCAUCCGCAAGUCCCCCCACGGCAUUGUCUUCAAGCUGCUCAUGCAGUUCCUCAUUGUGUGGCAGGUCAUCUGGCUUGGCGUUUCCCUGAUUGCCCCCGCUCUGUUCCUGGUUUUGCUUCGUCUCGGUGUUCGACAUACCUUCCCUGCCAACGAGGAGGGGGGGUCCAGUUUCUGGGCAGACAUGAUUUGUCUCGUGUACAUGGUGCUCUAUGUGACGUUCAUUUCGCAGCACGUCCGGUCCAAGUUUGAGGCGUGGCUGUUCCACGUGUUUACGCUCAUACACGGCAUCGCAGUGCUGUUCAUCAUCUCGACGUUCAUCCACGCAGCUGCGACGCGACGUGACCACGUUGUCGACCUCACCCUCUACCUCUUCGCCGUGUACCAGGGCGCGCCCAUCCUGCUGUCCCUGAUUGUGAGCCCGCGCUCGUGCGGGUUCCUUGUCAAGUACUUUGUGCCCUACAUGAUCUUCCUGCCGACGCACACCAUGACCUUCUGGACGUAUGCGCUCACGCGCACGUUUGAUCUCACGUGGGGUAACCGCCCCACAACCCACAAAGUCCCCAAGAACGAGCGCAACCUCAUUGUGGAGAAGCUCAAGAGCAGCGCCGUGUCGCUGAUUGGCUUUGUGGCCUGCAUCAACCUCCUCAUCGCCGUGGUGCUGCUUCAAAUUGCCGUGUCCGGGCGAACGCUGUGGAUCAUCUGGACCCUCGUGUCCCUCAUGAUCUUCUCCGGCGUGCAGAUGGCGCUGUCGUUCUGCUUUGCGCUGGAGUACCAUCUCAUCCGCCGCGUCCGCCGCUGGAUCCGCAUUGGCCGCCUCAACCUCGCCCGCCACAGGCGCAAGAACAAGCGCAAGCUCCCCGAUUCAGGCCAGAGCCAGGCACAACUCCUCGAGUGGGACAACACUGGUGUACCAAAGUAACAAACCAAACGAGGAGCCACGACCGCGCAGUACACCAGCACUGCUGCUGUGGCGGUACCCUGCUCGCAGUUCCCUUUCCUGGCUGCUGCUCUUCCUCUAAUUGCUUCUCUUCUUUUCUUUGGGCUUGUGGCGAGAUUUGGGUGGCGUGCGCGUGAUAUCAUCAUUGAGCGAUGUGUGUAUGUGUGUGUGUGUGUGAUAUGAUUUGAUUUGAGUUGAUUUGAUUUCAGUGGCGUUGUGCCUGCUUCUUUUCUUGGCUCCUGUUCUGCGUCCCCUCUCUUUUGCUUUGCUGUCUUCUCUUUCUUUCUUCUUUCUCUUGUCGAGCGAGAGAACUGACUUGACUGAUUUAUCGCGCGAGCACGGCUCGUGUGUUUUGAUGUUCGGUUGACUUGUGCCCGUGCCGGGACACAGUGCGCGUUGUUGUUCGUUGAACAAAUCAAAUGAACCAUCGAAACAAACGAAACCAAC